CUGUUGCCACCUCAGCUGCGCUGGGUCCCGACAGACUCCUGCAGCUCGCCGCCCUCCGCCCGGCGCUGACGGUCCCGCCACGCUCGCCACCGCCGCCGCCGGCACGACCGAAUGCUAUCCUGCACUGGCACUUUUUGGAAGACUAUUGAUAGAGGAAAUUCCGAGACCUUUGCAGAAAAUGGCUGGAGAAAAGGAGAGAUUUGGAGAUUGGAGAUUCUACAUUUUUUUUAUCUCUUCUGAUAAUCUAGAAGUAAUUGACUGUUGAAGAACUACUACACUAACUACAAAUGAGGUGUCUAUUAUGCCCACCUGUACAAGAACCAGGAGAUGAUAAGCCAUUAAUAUAGAAUAAGAUCUGACUCUAAAGAAAGAGGCUCACUGGCCCAUUCAUCAAACUUGAGAGAUGUUGAAAAUUAAACAUUCGCAGUUCAUCCAUGAGCUCGGAUUUCCUGCAUUACAACUUCAGGAUGCCUAAUAUUGGAUUUCAGAAUCUGCCGCUCAACAUAUAUAUUGUGGUUUUUGGCACUGCUAUAUUUGUCUUCAUCCUUAGUUUACUCUUCUGUUGCUACUUGAUUAGGCUAAGACAUCAAGCACACAAAGAAUUUUAUGCCUACAAACAGGUUAUAUUAAAAGAGAAAGUAAAAGAACUGAAUUUACAUGAGCUCUGUGCAGUGUGUCUAGAAGACUUCAAGCCUCGAGAUGAGUUGGGGAUUUGUCCAUGUAAGCAUGCCUUCCACAGAAAGUGCCUUAUUAAGUGGCUGGAGGUUCGCAAAGUGUGUCCCCUUUGCAACAUGCCGGUUCUGCAGCUGGCCCAGUUGCAUAGUAAGCAGGACCGUGGACCCCCACAGGGGCCCCUCCCCGGGGCAGAAAACAUUGUAUAGCUCACCACAAGGAUCAAACUGUUGCAGGAUCCAACGUCUGCCUGGAGCCGGGAAGAACAGAAGCAGUCUCUGUGCUGGCUGCGCUACCUGGGGCACCAGUUGCCACUUCCUUUGUCACAUGAAGAACUCUUGGGCCAGCUAAGCUGGGAACCCAGACUUCUGGGUCUUGUGACAACCAAAGUACUCUGACACUACCCCAUGAGAAGAGGAGUGGAUGAGCCUUCGGGUUUGGUUCAGGAAACUUCACGAGGGUCUCUUGCUAACUCCAUUACUCUCUGUCUCCCAGACACUUAUCUCCACGUUAAGGUGAAUCUUUAUCAACCAGAAAGGAAGAUAAACACAGGUGUUAGAGGAGGGAACGGAGGGCAGGUCUUUAAAGCCACCACCCUGUGACAGGACAGACCGUGUGCCUGGGCAGCAGCAGACCCUCCAGGCAGCCCCUGAGCCAAGUGAAAACAGUGGUUACCUCAGCCCACACCCAGCCGGUUCCAGUGCCGGAGGCAGUGCCAACAAGGCUUUUCACGUUAAGUUCCUUUGAUAAGGUUGUCUUGAAACCCAAGGGCUUUGGUUACAACAGAGCAGCAGUGUCCCUUGCCACCAGUUCUCCCUGGUGAGUUCACAAGACUUACUUAUCAGAUGAUCUAAGCUAAAAACAUUAGAUGCAGUUGGAAAGGUCUGGUCAGAAGCCAUUUCCUCUUACUUCCCCCUCCCGCUCACCAGUGAGGCACAGCCAAGCUGCUAUCAGGAGCCACAGCAGGGGGUGGGCCUCUGAGCCCAUGCUGUCCCUGCGUGACCCGGGGACCCAAGGGUGCUGCCCACAUCCCCAUGUACACAGUGUGGUUCCAGCCUAGCUGCCGGUCUCAGCCCACUGCCUGAGUAGGGAGCUGCUGCGAGCGCCUCACACGGCUCCGAAGAGGAGCAUCUUUCUGAUAAUGGCCAGUCCUCCUGGCCCUGGUGAGCUGAGAGGAGGAUGCUGAACUCCUUGCCUCUCUGUCCUUCCCUCUGUUCUCUUCCCUCUCUUGCUCUCUUUCUACUUGAGAAAAUGCCUGUUGUUAACUUUUUAAUGAUUUAAAUCUUCCCAAAUAAGAUUGAUCCCUGUUAUUCCAAAGGUGGGGAUCCACUUGAAACCGUGGUUUCAGGAAGCUCCUGCGGGGCUGUUUGCCGUUGGUGUGUGCCUCAGCAUUCACACUUGGGGUAACUAGUUGAAGUGUCUUGAUGGGAGAGAAAUGCAUGCUGCUCUUUGGCUCUUUCUGUCCAACUUUUCUAGAAAUGACUCAGAGUCCAUUAGGAUUCGUGAAUAGUGUAUAAGUUAACUGUGUGAAGCAGCGUUGGGUCAGGUAGGAAGUUCUUUUCCACAGCCCUGCUCUCCACCUCUUUCCAUCAUAGGGGUGGACUCCUUGUUGACAGCUUUCUUUGCCUCUGCUCCAUCCCACAGGUGUGAGUGGGGGCAGUUUCUCCUUGGAAAUACAGCCUUCAUGAUUCGGAGAGAGUGAAGGAAGCUUUGCUACUGUGUUCAUGGCAUGUCUCCAGGAAUUCUUUUGGAAUCCAGCCUCUGCCAUUUUAGAACGGGAGAGGGAACCUGUCUUUGGCUCAGGUGGCUGGGAUCAGAUGAGGAGGAAAAUUCCCAUUAGCCUAGAAAAGUGCUGGGCAGAGUCCAGUUUGGAAAGUUACAGAUCCAGUUGGUCAGAACUGGCUGUUUCCUAUGUGUGACCUAUUUGUGGUAUGCCAACUGGACUGCUGCUUUAAACAGGGCAAGGGAGGUGUGGAAUAUUUUUAUAUGAAAGCCUUAGCCUGUUUGGCACCCCUGAAAAGAACUGUUUGUACGCUCCUACUUUCGUCCUCUGUUUCUCCGUCCUCUAGUUGUAGCACAAUAGAGCUGAAUGCUGCAGAGCGCCCAGCUCACAGUGAGGUGUUGUCACUGGCAAUGUCAGAAGUGGGCUUGCUUCUGGACUAGUCUCAGUAAUAGCCAGCACUCACCAUUUUCACAUAGUGGCUUUGGGACAAAUCUUUGUUAUGGAGUUCCAAUAGGAAAAAGAAUUUUUUCCCUACAAAGGAGGAAUUUUUGUAUUCUAUACUACAAAUUAUUUCAUCUCACAGCUUUUGUAGGAUUAUAUAGCCUUUCAGUUGCAGCCUUUUUCCAUCCGUGUGUGUCCGUAUUUGUAGGGAGGCAAAUUAAUUCACCUCACUGUGUCACAGCCAAAGGCAAGCUGAGGUGGUUGGUGCAUAGCACUGGGCCAGUGGCGCAAAGCCCAGCCGUUAGAGGAGAGCUUGAGAAUGCUACGCACUCUCCACUAGGCACCAUCGUGGGUCUGCUUUACCCCAUGACCUCAACAUUUGUGAAUGUGGACGGCUUUUAAAAAUACAGCUCUUUCACGGAGGUGGGGCUAAGCGUGUUCACUCUGCUUGUAGUCGUCUUCCUUUUCUUGGCUUGGUGUCCUGCUGCAGCAUGGCCAGUGUCAACCAGUUCUCACACCUCAGCAACACAGUGCAGAUGUGUUUGCUCCCCACAUCUGGGGCUCCCUCCAGGACUUCCCUGGGCUGCACUGCUGUAACAGAAUGGCCGGGGUUUAAUUUGUCUCCCUUUAAUUCUUAUUAAAACCACAGUUUUGUGUGAAAAGACAAGGUUAAAUCUCCAUCUGGAUUUUUUUUUUAAUAAGUUAAGGAUCUCUUAAUACUCUUUGAUCAUUCACACCUCACCCCACAGUGAGACCAGUGGGGGCUGCCCUGGCUGAAUCUGUCUCUAUGAGUUGUUGACCUUUUGUUAAUCUGUAGACACGUGAGGACUCUGAUCUGCCUUUUGGCUGCUGGCUGGUGACAUGGUGAUUUUUUAACUUGGUCUUAAUAUGUCUUAAGCAGCUCAGAUUGGUGUUGCUUGUGUGCUGUGGUUAGUGGAGCAGAACUCAGCCCCAGCUGGACUCCAUGGAUGACUGAGACAUUAUCUCGGUGUUAAUAGGGGUGCAGCUGAAUUCAGCUGGCUUUAGGAACAGGGAACAAAACCAGCCUGACUUGAUUCCUGGUUAAGCAGGCAUAAGACACUAGUUGUCAUAUGCCACUUUUCUUUGCCGUAGUGAUUUGGUUAGGCCUAUCCCGAGUAGGAAGGUCCCUAGCCAAGGAACAGGACAAGACAGUAAUGGCCAGAUUGGGACAGGGAGCCCAUGAGGAAGUCUGGGCUGAGGCGUUCAGGGGACCUCACACCAUUGCCACAUACCAAAUGCUGACAAAUAGAUCCUUUCUCCAGUGCCUAGCCCUUCAGGUCCAUCAGAGGAAUGACCUUGGGCCCUGUUCUUUCCACAGCUCCACUCCAAAGCUUGUCAUUUUCAUGGCCUGUUCCCACUCUGCUAAGCUACUCUGAACCAUUUGUAAUUAUUCUUCUGAGGCUUUCUGGGAAUUAUGCACACAGGGCAGCAUCCCCAGAGCUCUGGGCAGAAAAGGUGCCGAGACUGAUUUGAACCCUGCCUUGCCACUCACCAGCCAUGUGCCUUCCUGCAGGUUAGCCUCUCAAAGCCUGUUUCCUUAUUUGCCCCCCAGGGAUUACAGUAACAGUGUCCUCACUGGCUCUUGCGGGGAUUGGCCACCAUGUCCAGAGCCUGGUGGGCAGCAGGCCUGGAGUCAUGGGAGCUGCUGCUACUAGGUGACAUCAUGCUGGCCACUGGGGCUCUAUUGUCCCAGUGGAAACAAACUCGGCAGAGCCUCCUUGAGAUGUAGGGGCUCUCCCCAGGUUCCUGGUUUGCCUGGCUCGUUUCCCUUUCCCCUCCUGAUCUUCCUUAGUUGCUUCCAGUUACCUGUGCCCACAGUGCUCCCCGACUUGGUUGCUGUGGCUGAAUAUUCCUUAAGUUUUUAAAAAGGUACUACCUUCACAUGGCUCUCAAAUCACAGUUAAGUCUUCCUUGCAUCUUUGACCUCCAACAGCCAAGCUUUUCACCUGCUGAGUACCCACUAUUUGUUCCUUGUGUAUCCUCCCAGAGAUCAUUUAUGCAUACGCAAGCAAAUACAGGUGUGUAUGUAUAUAUGAGUGUAUGUAGGUAUGUGUGUGUGUAUAUACAGUUGACCCUUGAAUGACGGAGGGGUUAGGGGUGCUGACUCCUUGCACAAUCUGCACAACUUUACAGUUAGCCCUCCAUAUCCAGUUCCACAUCCCUGGACUGAACCAACUUUGGAUCGUGUAGAAUGUAUUUACUAAAAAAAAAAAUCUGCAUGUAAGUGGACCUGCACAGUUCAAACCCAUGUUCAAGAAUCAACUGUGUGUACUUAACUUUUUUUUUUUUAACUUAAUACUGGACAAGUAUAUUCAAGGAGCAUUCCUAUUCAUAUGGGAAGAACCAUCCCAGAAGUCAGAAUAUCUGUAAAAAGGUGAGCCCAGAAUUGGGGGAUGUUUUUGCAAUCACAUCUCCUUUGAAUAAGGCAUAUUUUCCAUUGAUUGAAGCAUGCUGCAAUUCUUUUUUAUAUAAAUCAGAAGCUACAAUCCCUCCCUGACCCUGACCCUAACCACAGACAGAUGCCCAAAUGAGAGCACAACCAGUUUCCACAGAUCCUCCUGAUCUGACAGGACACUCAAACAGGCGCCAUGGCCAAAAGCGACAGCACAGCCCAGCAGCCCCUGCAGGGGCCUGGACAUGCUGCAGCCCCACCCCGACCCCCAAGUGAGGACCUGGAGUCAGACAGUGACGUCUGGCUACAACGGUGACGGUUUCUUAGGCAAGGUCCCAUUUUUGAGGCAGAAUUUUGAGAAGCAGCAGUAACUGAAGGCUGAGGCAUCCUUGUUUUGUGGGGCCAAUGUCUCAGAUGUUGCUGAGCAAAUAGGUGGUCAGCCGCCUCAGAAUUAACAGCAGAUUUGCCUGAAAGUCCAAGUUCACAAACCAGCCUGCUCCCUUCCCCUCCCCACUCUUCCUGCACACACUAAAAAGCAAGCAUCCCCAUGGAAUUUUCUCCUUGCCCAAUAUUUUUUUCUAUUCAAUAGAUGGAAUAUUCUCCCCACCAAUAUUUUCUUCUAAAAAAAAUUUUAAGUUCUUUUUUGCCCCUGCAGGAGAUCAAAGUUAAAGCUGCUUCUUCCAGGCAGCUCUGCUCCCUGGGCCAGCAAAGGCCUAGUGGCUUUGCAUCUUGGGCAAGGUGCACACUGUCCUUCCGUCCACUCCUUCCCUCCCAGGCCCCACUAGAGUGGGAGGCAAGUGGGGCCAGUAUUAGGAAGUCCUUCCUAGUGACAGCUCAGUCUUCCAAGAGAGUGUUCCUGAACUGUCAUUUCUGGGUCUCUUGACAGAUCAUUGCCAGAAAGGAGGGUAUUAGUCUUGUAGUUUAAGCCCAAUGGGAUUUAUUCACUAAAUAUCAUAUAACUCCCUCAAAAAAAGGUUUAUGAAAUGCUGAGCCUCAGGUUUCAUAGACAUGUUUGUACACUAAGAAUUCUGCAGCAGAAUAUUUUUAAACAUUCGCCUUUUUUUGUAAGCUAUAUUUUUGUAUAUUUAAUUGCUAUUUUAAAAUUUUAAUGCAUUUUGCUAAUUACUCUCGUUUAAAAAAUAAAACAUGCAUGUAAUUGACUUAAUGUAAAUAAACAGAUUUUGAAAGUA